CCCCACAGGGGUGGAGCCUGGCCGAGGUGGAAGCCGCCUGCAGCUCUAUCUCCGAGGUGGAGGAGCCGCUAGAGAAAAUGGAGCCGGCCAAGAUGGCGCCUCUCAAGAACGCUCCGAGGGAUGCCUUGGUGAUGGCGCAGAUCCUUAAGGAUAUGGGAAUCACAGAGUAUGAGCCAAGGGUUAUAAACCAAAUGUUGGAAUUUGCUUUCCGAUAUGUGACUACAAUUCUGGACGAUGCAAAAAUCUAUUCAAGUCAUGCUAAGAAAGCCACUGUUGAUGCAGAUGAUGUGAGACUGGCCAUCCAGUGUCGGGCUGACCAGUCGUUUACCUCUCCGCCCCCGAGAGAUUUUUUACUAGAUAUUGCAAGGCAGAAGAAUCAAACCCCUUUGCCACUGAUUAAGCCGUAUGCAGGACCCAGACUGCCACCUGAUAGAUACUGCUUGACAGCUCCAAACUAUAGGCUGAAGUCCUUAAUUAAAAAGGGUCCUAACCAAGGAAGACUAGUUCCGAGAUUAAGUGCGGUCAGUAGCAGAGCUACUACUCCAACUGUAGCACCCCCACAAGCAGUAUCUGUCCCAAAUAAGGUUGCAACUCCAGUAUCAGUGACAAGCCAAAGAUUUGCCGUGCAGAUUCCACCUUCUCAGUCCACACCUGCCAAACCAGCUCCUGCGGCAACUGCAGUCCAAAAUGUUCUGAUUAAUCCUUCAAUGAUUGGGUCCAAAAAUAUUCUCAUUACCAACAUGGUUUCCUCACAGAACACAGCCAGCGACUCAAACCCACUAAAGAGGAAGCAUGAUGAUGACGAUGACAAUGACACUAUGUAAGGAAUAAAGUCUGUUCUGCAUAUAUUAACAUUUUUGUGUGUUUGGGCCCAUAUGAUGGACCCAACAGCCUAGGUCUUCAUAAGUUUUAUCUUAGAAAUGUAGUGGUAAUAUUUUUCACAUUAGUUACAACUAGUAGGUUUUGUUACAGUGGAUACAAAUGUUUUCUCAGUAGGCUUCAGGUAUACACGUACUUGCUUCUAGACAGCUUCACUGAUUUUUGAGUCUCACCAUGGCAACUCUAUUUUUAGAAGCAGUUUUCCGAUAUGUGUCACUAGCAGCAGCGCUUGGAUUUCAGUUACUGGUCUCAUUUACAUUUAAGCAGGACUUUCUUUUGAUAGUAAACUAUUCACAUUGUCACUUUUUUGACCAAAUCUCUCAAUUUAGGAAACUUUUUUGAAACAGUGGAUUUAGAAGUGUGCUAAAUCCAUUUUGAAUGUAUUUGGGUUUUGGUCUUUUCUAAUUCCCUAUCUAGAUCCCAUUUGUUUUCUGUUUCCACCUCUCAUCGCCUUAAGUCAUUUGCCAUUGCACUUAAAUUUAAUAGACUGUGACUGGAAUUUGUAAUAUGCCCAGCAUUCUGAAGUUCCCUUGAACUUGAGUGUCUGCAUUUGCUUCUCUUCACUCUGUAAGAGAGCAUUUGGGUCUCAGCCCUUGCCUUUCAUGCCUGUUAAGGUCUUCUCAUUGACAGGCAGUUUUGCAUCAGUUACAUUCAGUUGCAUUCGCAGUCUUUCCUGUUUAUAAUUUAAGAUAUAACUUAAAACCUGCCUUGGUAAGUAAUUUACACUGGACCCAGACAAAACCACUUAAGAGCUUUGUUGUUUUUCUUACCACCUGUGUGUGUGUGUGUGUGUGUGUGUGUGUGUGUGUGUGUGUGUGUGUGUACACCACUGCUUGAACCAGUCUGUUGUUUCAUUCAGAUCACCUUUCUAGCUUGCUGCUGAGGGUGUCACACCUAAGGUGGGAUCAAGCCUGAAGGAAGAUUCUAAUGAUUCUUUCCCUAUCAGGCCAACAGGGAAAACAGAUUAGUAUCAUCUGAUUCCAUUUAGGUCAUACAAAAUUUCCCAACCAUGUUUCUACAUACCUUCUCCUACUUUGUUUUAAUACAUACCUACAAGACUCACUAGAAACAACAGCAAUGCUUUUUUCAGAGUAUAAAAAGAACCGUUUUGAUUUGGUUUAAUUUCCACAUAGCCAACAUUGGAAAAACUUUCUGAAACCUUCAUGUCACUUAGAAUUUAUAGCCAUGGAUCAUCUAAACGUACUAAGUAUCAGCAUAGGAUGGUGUUUGAUACAUGAAACAGAUCAGUAACAAGAGAUAGUUCAUGCCAGUUUGAAUUGUCUAGGAAGGUUAGGAAAAGCUGACCUGAUCAAUAUCAUAAGAGAAAUGUGCAGUAUACAACAACAGAUGUCAGGACUAGAAUGUUCUCAGGGAGCAGAAUACCAGAAAGCCUAGGUUCUAGUAUUAGUUUCAUUUACCCACAAUGUGACCUUACUUUACCUCUGAGCCUUGUUCUCACUAGUAAUAGAGAAAUAACAUUUACCCUGCCUACCUCACAGGGAUGUUGUGAGGCUUUAGCUGGUGUGUGUGAAAGUAUAGAUUAUAAAAGCUAUAUAAUUAUUAAUGUAUUUGUUCCAACAUUAUUAAUAAAAUUUAACUUUAA